GUGACACUCAUUUGUCACUGUGGUUGUCAAAAAGAACGCAGUGGCUGCAGGCAUCUGCAUAGUUACCAUUUGCUAUCAUGUCUCUGUACCGAAAUGCCAUCUGGUUUUUAAACGGAAUACACAAAUACACAAGGAAGGGAUAUGAAACAGCAUCUCAAGAAUUCGAGCCGCAGGACCUGGAUGUGUCUGUUGUGGGAAGAUCUUUUAUGAUCACUGGAGCCAAUAGUGGUAUAGGGAAAGCCACUGCAAUGGCAAUUGCCAAGAAAGGUGGCAGAGUACACAUGGUCUGCAGGAACAAAGAUAAAGCUGAAGAGGCCAAGGUGGAAAUCAUGAAUGAAUCUGGGAAUACUGAAGUGUACAUCCAUAUUGUGGACCUGUCAGAGUCGCGCAAAGUGUGGGAGUUUGCAGAAGCCUUCCAGAAGCAGUAUCCAUCUUUACAUGUCUUGAUACACAAUGCGGGAUGCAUGAUACACAAAAGAGAGGUGAACGCGGAAUCCCUGGAGAAGAAUUUUGCUGUCAAUACAAUGGGGAUGUACCUUCUCACUGAAAGUCUUAUACCACUUCUGCAAAAGAGCCGGAAUCCGAGGGUGAUCACUGUGUCGUCAGGGGGGAUGCUGGUCCAGAAGCUCCAGAUAGAUGACUUACAGUCCGAGAAAGGAUACUUUGAUGGUCUCAUGAUCUAUGCCCAAAACAAGAGACAGCAGGUGGUAAUGACAGAACAGUGGGCCAGAGAGUAUCCAGACAUUCACUUCUCUGUGAUGCAUCCAGGCUGGGCGGAUACACCAGCUGUGUCUACAUCAAUGCCUCAGUUCCACAAAAUGAUGGGGGAGAGGCUGCGCAGUGCAGAGCAAGGAGCAGACACAGUCAUCUGGUUGGCCUUAUCCAGAUCUGCUGGCAGAACCCGUAGUGGACAGUUCUUUCAAGAUCGAAAGGCUGUCCCAACCCACCUGCCUUUGGCUUGGACUCGCAGUUCUACAGUGGAGGUAUUGACUUUCAUCUCUCAGCUGGAGAUGCUGGCCAAAGCGGUGCAGUCAAAAUCUGAUGCACUGCUCAGUGAUCCACUGGGGCCUAGCACCUCCCAAGUAGUAUAA